AUGGAGCAAUCCAUUAUAGGAGGAAGGGGGAGAAGAAGACAGGAAAGGGGUCGCGGUCUUCAUGGAGUCAGGAUGAGCGUGCCCCACGCUGUUCGCUUGGGCUCACCUGCGAUCCUCACCUGUAAUUUCCUCUUGGAUGGAGAUGCGCUCUACUCCGUCAAGUGGUACAAGGGAGGAAGGGAGUUCUACAGGUACACUCCAAAGGAAACACCAGCACUUAAGGUUUUUCCGAUGCCAGGUCUCACAGAACACGAUGUGAAGGGUUCGGAAAGCGGCAGCACUUAA